AGUGCCAGUUUCCCCUGUAGAAGCAUCUCCAUGGUGUUCAUUCACUCAGUAUCUCUGGGUUUGGCUGGCAGAGGAGCUGAACACUCCUUCAUAGACAGACACACAGGCUGAUGCUUAAUCCGCUUCAUCAAUGUGUAUGGUCAUAUUUGCUCCGCUUUUUGCUGUUUUAGCAUUUGCAACAUGUGGGGGAUAUUCUGGCCAGAUAAUGGUUAAAGUAGAAUGUUUGGACAAAACCCAAAACAACAUCAGCAUCAGUUUCAACUACCCAUUCAGAUUGCAACAGGUACACUUUAGUACUCCUCUAUGUGAAGGACCUAGGAAAGAGACUCUCUUUCUGGAAGGGGAUUAUGCUUCAUCUGCACAGUUCUUUGUCACUGUGUCAGUCCUGGCUUUUCUCUAUUCCCUUUUGGCCACAAUUGUUUACAUCUUCUACCAGAACAAAUACAGAGAGAAGAACAGAGGUCCAGUAGUUGAUUUCUUGGUGACUUUAGCGUUCUCUAGCCUGUGGCUGGUAAGCUCAAUUGCCUGGGCUAAAACUCUGUCUGGGGUGAAGACAGCCACUGAUGUGCAUCAAAUCCUGCUGUUAAUGUCUGCUUGCAGAGCCCAGGAAAACUUAUGUGAGGUCUUGCAGGAGCCCAUCUGGACAAAUCUCAAUAUGUCUGUGGCCUUUGGCUUUUUGAACUUCUUCCUUUGGGCUGGUAAUAUCUGGUUUGCCUACAAAGAGACAGGUUUGCAUAAGUCCGUUCAGCGCUAUCCCUCCAGAACUCCCUCUGAGAAACGCGGCAGCUUCAGGCAGUACAGUCAGACCAGUUUUGAUCAAUCUGGAGCUGGUUUUGGCCAGAGGCUCUACAACCAAGGGAGUUUUGACUUAUCAAGCGGAGGCUUCAGCCUACCCCAAACCAAUCUAGGACAGCCCAUGCUGUACCGACAGGUGGGGAGUCCCACAUCCAGAGGUCCUCUCAUAUUCGUUAAUGAGAUGUGAGAGAGAAUGUAAGAAUAGAAAGGAGAAACCCUGUUGAUUUUCAGUCAUAACACUGAUGAUUUGUCAUUGUGAAUUGGAUAUUUCUAUCAUGUGAUGUAAAAAAUUGUGACAUUUUUGUAGAUAUUUGUGUGUAUACUGUUAUUUAUUUGUUUACUGUAUAAUUAAGUGCCAUUGAAUUGAAAGUUCUACCUUGAUAUAGCAUAUAACUUUUUUUGCAUCUUUAUAAAUAUAUAUACACACAUAUAUAAAGAUAUAUACAAAUAUGCAUAUGAACAAAUGAAUUUACCAUGUCAGAUAUGGCUGUCGAUAAUUUGUGAAGUAUUUAAAUGGCUUUUAGCAUAGUAUGCCUACAUUCUAAUAGUUUAUGCUUUGUGUUUAAAGAUAUCCUUUACAAAAAGUGCAGUGACUGUUCCAUCGGAUGGCAAUACUUUGCUAUGGCCUGUAUUUUGAAAUGGCAUUUACUUUUUGGCUUCUCCAAAGUACUUUAAAGCAUAACACAGUAUUACUAUCACAAGAUGUGGUGUUCUUUUUGUUAUGUUUCUGCUAUGAAUAAUGAUAAUUACCAGUAGAGCCUGGGAAAACAAAUGGCUUGAGUCAGAGAAUGACAUGGAAACCCUGUGAACCAAGGAUGAUGUCCAGUCGGAGAUCUUUUUAAUGAAUCAUUUUGUCUGACCGUACAGUGUUCAUUGAAAUGCAUGCAAAAAGAUGAGAUCAAAUCCAACGCAAUAAAGUCAGUCUGUUGUGCCAGUUUAUUGUAGCAUUAGAAAUUGUACAAAUGUUACUAUGUAAUACUGAUUGCGUCGUAAAAUUAAGUAAUAAAAUUCUUC